CGCUUCUGAUAACUUACAGCAAAUGUUAAUGUUUUCGGUGUGCCCAGAGCUGUACCAUAGUAGUGUUGCGCUGUGGCAUAAAAAUAUGUACAAUUAUUUGGAUCGCUGCCCCGGCAUUUAUUGUGGACGAUCGCUGCUCGAAAAUGGCAGCUGGAGCAGCUGCGGCGUUUGCCCACGAGGAUCACGGGUGAAUGCGAGUUUCGCAUGCAUGCCAUGUCGGGAUGAGUUAAGCACUUAUUCGUGGCUAUAUUUGGGAUUCAUGACAAUGCUGCCACUGAUGAUGCACUGUUUCUUCAUCGACAUGGAUGCUAAGGAUCGCAAAUUUUCGCGCAAACAAUUAAUUUUGACAGCGAGCGCAUUUGUCGAAGUUGCAUUAGCUGCAAUCUUGGCAACGCUUUUCAUGGAACCGUUGUGGGAGCUGCGCCUGUUCGCCUGCGAGGUGCGCAAACUGACCGACUGGUACACACUCUUCUACAAUCCCAAUCCCAACUAUGAGACCGCAUAUCAUUGCACCCAGGAAGCCGUCUAUCCGCUUCAAACAAUUGUCUUGGUUUAUUAUUUUUUGUGUCUGCUGAAUAUGUUCAUCAUUCGUCCCGUGAUCAGCUCCAUGCUGGAUGUGCGCGGCAAGGCGCCGAUGUAUUCUGCUCUCUAUUUUCUGCCACUGCUCACCUUGAUUCACGGCACCUGCUGCGGCCUCAUCUAUUAUUCAUUCCCAUAUUUGAGCAUUGCCAUGUCUAUGGUGGCCAAUGCAAUACACUACUCCCUGAAGCUGGAUCAGACUCAAAAGGCGCUGCUUCUCUCCUCCGUGUGGGAUGUCAAGAAUGUGGUCAUCAUUUCUGUUCACUGGCUGCUGCUGGCCUUUGGCAUCUCCUCGUUGAAUUAUCAUUAUGCGUUGCUGUGUUUGGUGCCAUUUCCGUCGCUCUUCUAUAUAUUGACUGUACGGUUCACCGAUCCGGGCGAGUUCCGUGAAAUCGAGUCGCGCAUUUGAUCCGGCAAUGUGCAGAUGCAGAUCUUUCAUGCGCGAGGCGCUCGGCGUUCCACAGUUGUUAUCUAUGUGUAGUCGCAGUAAUAAUAGUAAUAAUAAUAUAUGUUUAAAUUAUUUACCCCUAUCUAUAUAUAUAUAUAUUUGUAAUCAAAAUUCAGCAAUGUCGUCAUCGUCUUUUUUUCGUUUUAAUUAUAUUUCACAUUAAUUAUACACAUAUAAUAAUAUUUUAAAUAUAAAUCUUUCAG